GCACUGAGAAAGCUUUCUUCCUCUCCUGUCCUUUUCCUCUCCACCUCGGACUAUCUUACUCAAGGCGAUCUCUUGUCCCUCAGGGUUUCGUCAUCCAAAGCCAGUCGCAUCUCAUACUUUGUUUUGCACUCACAUGUUGACGACCAAAACUGCAACCUUGAUAUCGCACUCUCGCCGAACGAAAUCCGGCCUCUUCUGUCGGACCGGACCGGACCUGCGUCUUUCUCGGGCCGCAAGCAUCAACACGUGGUGAUGGACGUGCUCAAGAAAAUCGGGGGCUGGUUUGCUCCUCCGCCGAACAAAGCAGAAGACGGCCGUGAUGCGUGGCCCUCAAGGGCCUCCUUUCUUCUAGCAUCCAUGGGUGGCUGCGCCGGAAUGGGCAACCUCCUUCGGUACCCAUCCCAGGUGUACAACAACCAUGGCCUGCAGUGGUACAUCCCAUAUCUGAUGGCCGUUUUCAUCGUUGCUAUCCCGGUUCUCGUACUCGAGAUUGCCAUUGGACAGGCCUACCGUGGUGGUAGUGUUGUGGCCUACGCGAAUGUCAACCAGAGACUGAAGGGGUUGGGACUAUCGUUGAUCUACGUUGGCUUUGUUGUCACGCCAUACUUCGUCGUCAACUUGGCGUGGAUUAUGAGCUAUUUCCGACAUUCCUUCACCAGCCCAUUACCAUGGACCAACGAGCCCGAUUACUUCUUCAACCGAAAGGUCGUUGCCAACGUUGACCCAAUCGAGGGCAAUCUAACGGCAGAUGGCAGCAGCGUUUUGAACUACACCGAGUAUCCCGGUACCGCUCUAUUGGGGGAGACGACCGGAUGGGCGGCCUUCACCUUCUUCCUCAUGUAUAUCUCCAUUUUCCGCGGCGUCGGGCUCACUGGCCGCGUCGUGUACUUUACGAUGGGCCUGCCUAUUGUUGUCACCAUUGUGCUGAUUGGUAGGUCUGUAUCGCUUGAGAAUGCGGGUGAAGGUGUGAAGCUCUACUUCGCGACAUGGAGAGGCGACCAACUCGCAAGAGGUCAGGUCUGGCAGACAGCUUGUGGUCAGGUCUUCUUCAGCACGGGAGUGGGUUUCGGUUACUUUACAUCGUAUGCCUCAUAUAAUCGACAGUAUUCCAACGCAGUCAUGGAUUCAAUCUUGAUCGUUUGCAGCAAUGUGCUCUUUGAGAACAUCGCCGCAUUUGCGGUCUUCGGCGUGGUCGGGUACCUCGGCAUGCGACCCGACCCAGAGAACCCCAUCGGAGGCUUCAGCGUUGGCUUCCUCACUUUACCUCAGGCAGUGGCCGAAAUGCCCGGUGCCAAUUUCUGGGCUGUAGCAUUGUUUUUCACACUCAUGGUCCUCGGCUACAGCUCAGCAUUCGCCAUGUUGGACGCCAUCGUCACCCUGGUGAUGGAUACGGGAAUCAAGGCUAGCAGGCCUAUAGUUGUCACGACUCUUACGAUCAUGUCCUUCCUUCUGUGCCUUCCAUACUGCACGGAGUUCGGCUACUACCUCCUGACUGGCAUUGACCGGUGGACGAACGAUGUUGCAUUAGUCUUCGUUGUCUUUGCCGAAUGCAUUUCAUCAACAAGUGUUUACCGUUGCAAAGAUGUUAUUGGACAAGUCGGCAAGCCAGCUUUUCUCAUCUACAACACAUGCUACAUCCUAGCUAUGGUCCUGGGAGUGGCCAUCGCCCACGCUGUGCACCCAGGAGCUGGAGCUGGUGUUGGGUUCGGUAUCUUCAUCGGCGGAAGUAUCGCCUCAAGUAUCAUUGGCAAAAUCCCAGACUCCAUUCCACCGAGGUUCUGGGGAAAGAACGCUUUCAUCAGCAAGUUUUGGUAUCUGGCCUUCUACUCUGGAAACCAACUUCGGAGGGAUCUCAACGUAGUCAUCGGCAGCGGAAAGAACUGGAAUAUUCCGACAUUCUGGCCCGUAUUACUUCGCUACAUCUCAGGGCCGAUCUUGGCUAUCGUCUACGGCUUUUCAUACCCAUCAUUUUAUGAACUCCGCUACGAUCCAUUGCAUAUCCUAGGCUUUGCUGUCGGCCACGUCGCUUUGAUCUUGAUUUUAGCCGGCUUCAUAGUGCCGCGCUGGUUCAACGUCUUCAUCCCAGUGCACCGUCGGAAUGAAGGCAAGAUGGCUUACGCUCCAAACGUCACCAUCGGUGCAGACGAGGCUCAAGCUAUCGCUGCUGGGACAAUGGAGCAAGGAAACUCGCAGGCUCACUCGCACUCGGACGAGGGUGUUGGCAGAAAGGAGUCGCCUACCAAUGACGGCCUCAUUACAGAGGAGGAAAAGAAGACCGCCUUAUAG